AUGGGGAACCAGUGGGUGUACGAUGGAGAUGUGGAGGAGACGGAGGAGGAGAUGUGGAGGAGACGGAGGAGGAGAUGUGGAGGAGACGGACGAGGAGAUGUGGAGGAGAUGUGGAGGAGACGGAGGAGGAGAUGUGGAGGAGACGGAGGAGGAGAUGUGGAGGAGCGGUUGGGAUGGGAGCUUGUUUCUCUCCAGGGGGAGGAGACAGGGGAUGAGACAGGGGAUAAGACGGGGGAGGAGACAGGGGAUGAGACAGGGGAGGAGACAGGGGAUAAGACGGGGGAGGAGACAGGGGAGAAGACCGGGAGGAGAAAGGGGGGGAGACGGGGAGGGGAUGGAGGAGACAGGGAAAGAGACCUACAACAGGAACAGGAACAGGGAGACGGAGACAGGAACAGGGUGACAGGAACAGGAACAGGGAGACAGGAACAGGAACAGGAAAAGGGAGACGGAGACAGGAACAGGGUGACAGGAACAGGAAGAGGGCGACAGGAACAAGAACAGGGAGACGGAGACAGGAACAGGGAGACGGAGACAGGAACAGGGAGACGGAGACAGGAACAGGGAGACAGGAACAGGAACAAGGAGACAGGAACAGGAACAGGGAGACGGAGACAGGAACAGGGAGCAGGAGACAGGAAGAAGGAGACGGAGACAGGAACAGGGAGACGGAGACAGGAACAGGGUGACAGGAACCAUCUGAUAAGAGACAAAGGGAAGAACGCAGAGGUUAAAUACACGAGUGCCAGCUACGGAGCAACGAACACGCUACGCCGACCAGACGAAGAAGGACCCCGGCUUCCGGGAGUGAAACCUGGCUGCCCACCGGCAUCCGUCCGUGGCCUCCAUGUGGCGCCCUCCGCCCCAGACGGCCUCCGUGUUUCUUGGCGGGCCGGUGCUGGCCACAGCGAGCUCUUCAGGGUUCUGCUGAUGGACCGGGAUGAGGUUCUGCUGGAGAACAUCACUCUGCCAAACAGCGCUACCUCCGCUGAGCUGCACGGCCUGCAGCCUGGGACACGGUACACUGUCACCGUGGUAACGGAGGCCGUCGGCCUACAGAGCUCCGCCUCCAAACAGGCAUUUACAGCCCCCUGUCCCGUGCCGCAGCUGCGUGUCCGCCACACUGAUGAAUCCUCCUUGAGUGUGGUGUGGAGUCGCCCGCUCGGUGAAUGGGACGGCUUUACCGUGCUGCUCCGACAGGCGGAUGCCCCCCCCAUCCUGUCUCAGAGGAAUCUCCCUGGGGGGGCCAGAGGGUGCAUCUUCAACAUCCUGACCCCAGGACGCCUCUACAAUAUCACCGUGACAACCAACAGUGGCAACUUGAGCACCUCGGCAGCCUUGCCCGCACGGACCCGUCCGGCCCAGGUCGGCGGUUUGCGGGUCUCUAACCUCGGCAGCACCGACACCCUGCAGACGCAGUGGGACCGCGCCACCGGAGACCUGGACUCGUACCGCAUCCUUCUGGUGCACGACAGCAGCGUCAUCAAGAACGAGAGCGUGGCGGCGGACGCCCCCGGCGUAGCGUUCCAGGGUCUGAGGCCCGGCGCCCUCUACCAGGUGGUGGUGACGUCGGUCCGAGCUGGACAGACGUCCAGACAGACCAUCGCAGAGGGACGCACGGCGCCAGCUGCGGUUGCCGAGGUGAUGGUCAGUAACCACGGCCGUAUGGACUUCCUGAGCGUGUCGUGGCGUCCUGCGGCCGGGGACGUGGACGGCUACGUGGUGACGCUGAGCGACAGCAGGGGGACGCUCCACGCCGUCUCCGUGGUUACGUCCAGCCCCGAGUGCGUCUUCACGUCGCUGGUGUCCGGACGCCUCUACAACGUCUCCGUCUCCGCGCGCAGCGGCGCCCAGCUCAGCCACACCAUCGUCCAGCAGAGGACGCAGCCGGCCCCGGUCCAGAACCCAACGGCGACGCACGGCGCCCGGGACGACUACCUGAAGGUGUACUGGCGCCCGGCGGCCGGGGACGUGGACUUCUAUGUGGUGUCCAUCCGGCACAACAAUGCGCUGGUGCAGAACCUGACGGUGCAGGGGACCCAGGCCCAGUUCAGUGGCCUGGUGCCCGGCAGACUCUACACCGUGCUGGUGAGCACCUGGAGCGGGACGGCCCAGACCAGCACCUCCACCCACGGACGCACCCUCCCGGCGGCGGUCCGGUCUCUGGUCCUGGCAGACCAGGGGACCGAGGACCUGCGGGUGACGUGGUUGGCGGCCCCGGGCGACGUGGACCACUACGAGGUGCAGCUGCUGUUUAACGACAUGAAGGUGUUUCCCCCGGUGACGCUGGGCGCCAGCGUGGGGGCGUGCUCGCUGGCGUCCCUCACACCCGGACGUCUCUACAAGAUCCUAGUGUCCACCUUCAGUGGACCCAACCAGAGGACCCGCUUCAUCCAGGGACGCACAGUUCCCAGUAAAGUGAAGAACAUACAGGUGAGUAACGGGGGGGACAGCAGCAGUCUGCAGGUGAGCUGGACCCCUGGCCCGGGGGACGUGGACGGGUACUCUGUGUUUCUGUCCCAAGAGGACAGACAGCUGGACGUCCGUCCCAUCCUCAAGCAGCACAGCGAGGUGACGUUUGGCUCGCUGCAGCCGGGACAGACGUACACCGUGACGGUCCAGUCGGUCAGCGGAGACCUGGUCAACAACAACACGGCCGCCGGGCGCACCGUCCCUGCAGCGGUGACCAGUCUCCAGGUGGACCCCCUCUCCACCUCCAGCCUGGCGCUGCGCUGGCAGGAAGCUCUCGGCGUGGCAGACGGCUACUUCCUGCAGCUCCUGGACAACACAGGAAGUCAGCUGACUCACUACUCCCUGCCCUCCGGAAUCACAGCGUUCACGUUCCACGACCUCACCCCCGGGAGAAAGUACCAAGUCAUGGUCCAGACCACCAGCGGGGGGGUCCACAGCCUGGGGGUCAGCGCCGCUGCUCGCACACGCCCUGCAUGCAUCUCCGAUCUCUCGGUUGAAGCCAACUCCUCCACCGCUCUAUCGUUCCGCUGGUCUCCGCCUGACGGAGAAUUCGACCACUACGACAUCUUGUUGUAUAAAAGCGACGAGUCGCUGCAGGAGCGACGCCGCGGCCAGUCCAGCAGUCAGCAGGCCUCCUUCCAGGGUCUCCGGCCUGGCGCCGUGUACCGCAUGGUGGUGGUCACGCUCAGCGGAGAAUACAGCAACCAAUCAACUGCCUGGGCCCGCACAGUCCCGGCCGCCGUGGCGUCUCUGACGGCUCGCAGUGGGAACCAGUCAGACGCUCUCUGGGUGAGCUGGGAGCGUGGCGGCGGCGAUCUGAGCGGCUUCCUGCUGUCGCUCUACAACCUGGACGGCUCCCAGCGUUCCAAGCAGACGCUGGGUCCGGAGGUCAAACAGUUCUUCUUCUCGGACUUGGUUCCUGGGCGGCUGUACCGGGCCGAGCUGAAGACUCUCAGCGGAGAGCUUAGCAACAGCGUCAGCAAGCUGGGGCGCACCGCUCCGAGUCCUCCCGGGUCCAUCUUGUUUAGAGGGGUCACCAACACCUCCCUUGAGAUCACGUGGAGCGUUCCCGCCCACUCUGACUUCGACGACUUCGACCUGGACUGGACUCCUCGGGACCAGCUGGCCGUCAUCAACCCGUACCACAGCCCCACGGCCGGCAGCCGCAUCCUGAGAGGGAUGUUCCCCGGCCGGCGGUACGCCUUCACCCUGCGCAGCGUCAGCGGCGCCGCCGGGCCCAGCACCACGCGCACCUACAGCACCCCCAUCCACAACAGCAUCCGCACCAAGCCGGAGCGAGUGCGCGGCCUACACUGCCGUCCUCAGAGCUCGACCUCUAUCUCGUGUGUGUGGGCGCCGCCGGACGCCGACUAUGACUCGUACACCAUCGAGUGUCUGCGGCAGGACUCACGGGUCCUGGUCUACUCGCGGCGCACCGGCAGGGACACCACGGCGUACCACAUCACGCAGCUGGAGCCGCACCGGCGCUACAGCGUCUCGGUGAAGGUCAUCUCGGACGGGACAACCAGCGCCGAGGCCCGGGACAGCGUGGUCACCAUGAUCGACCGUGACGACAGGUUGCUGCUCUCCCCGUCCGUCCUGGAAGCCACGGUUACCCGGUGGCGGGUUCCGGGGUCCAGCCCGGAGAUCCGGCAGCUGAACCCGGUCCGGGACUCUCCGUCCGGGUCACAGGCCACGAACGGCAGCGCGUCGUCUGACGACGCGCUGAAGUUACAGGACACACCAGCGGUGCUGAACGUCACCACGGCAACGCCAGAGACCAUGCUGACCGCCGUGACGUUUACGGAGCAGCGAGAGGCCUGCAACAGGAAACUCGUGGGUGCCAGUGUUGAGGUGGAAAGUCCAGUAGACAUGGUCCCGGCUUUUGGAGAACUGAAGACGCCUCGGAGCAACAUGGACGCCCCGGUUCUGCUGCUACUCGCAAUCCAGAUCACAGCCAGCUCCGUCUGUAAGUACAGCAGAGGUACCACUGGUGGUCUGGACCAGAACUGGACCAGGACCAGUCACCUCCUCUACACGGACGACAUCAGGCUGUAUGCCAGAAACGAGCGAGACAUGGACACUACCAGGAUCUACAGCAACGACCUGGACUCACUGGUCCACACUACCAAGAUUUACAGCAACGGACUGAUCCACAUUACCAGGAUCGUGAAAAGUCAGCUGAACGGGAAAAACCAGAUCCAAGCCAUCAACACAUCCGCCCUGCCACACUGGGGGGCUGGGACCCCCAAACUGGGAGAGUGGCUCCAACGGGGGGCUGUGACCCCCAAACUGGGAGAGUGGCUCCUGGGUGAAUGGAACUGGGAGAGUGGCUCCAGCGGGGGAUGGAACUGGGAGAGUGGCUCCAGCGGGUGGGCUGUGACCCUCAAACUGGGAGAGUGGCUCCAGCGGGGGUCAGAGGUCAGGGUCUGGGCGUGUUCAAGGUCCUCCCGCUCUGAUUGGCUGAGGAAACGCGUCUCGGACCAGAGGAAGAGGAGGCACCUGACAGAAAUCAGCCACCCGGGGUUUAGGAACAACAAGGGCAGCUCUGCUGCAGACUGCUACAGACUGCAGACUGCUACAGACUGCUACAGUCUGCUGCAGACUGCUACAGACUGCAGACUGCUACAGACUGCUACAGACUGCUGCAGACUGCUACAGACUGCUGCAGACUGCUACAGACUGCUGCAGACUGCUGCAGACUUCUGCAGACUGCUGCAGACUGCUACAGCCAAUGAGAGCGCGGCGUGGUCACAGGUGUUCAUCUUGCCCAGCGCGUCGCAGACGGUGGUCAGGUCGCUCCGGAGGUCCUGGACCACGGUCUCGAUGCCCCCGGUGUCCUUCAGCAGGUCGAUGCUCUGCGUGUACGGGUUGUAUCCCAUAAAGACGGUGAACUUUGAGAAUCAUUUCAUCAAACUACAGGCGGACUCCUGCUACCUGCUGUCUCAGGAGUAUGAGGACCUAAAGGACGUGGGCCGGAACCAGGCGCUGGACUCGGCUCUGCUGCCGGAGAACCGCGGCAAGAACCGCUACAACAACAUCCUGCCCUACGACUCGACGAGGGUGAAGCUGUCCUACGUAGACGAUGAUCCGUGCUCCGACUACAUCAACGCCAGCUACAUCCCUGGGAACACCUUCCGGAGGGAGUACGUAGCGACCCAGGGUCCUCUCCCAGGGACCAAGGAUGAUUUCUGGAAGAUGAUCUGGGAACAAAACGUCCACAAUGUGGUGAUGGUCACGCAGUGUGUGGAGAAAGGGAGGGUGAAGUGUGACCACUACUGGCCCUGUGAUCAGGAUUCUCUGUACUAUGGGGACAUGAUCGUCCAGAUGUUGUCUGAGUCUGUCCUCCCUGAGUGGACCAUCCGGGAGUUCAACAUCUGCAGCGUAGGCGCAAACACACACCGUCAGUACUCGUUCCUCCAUCAGUGUGUCCGAGACGUCCUGAGAGCGAGGAAGCUCCGCAGCGAGCAGGACAACCUCCUCUGCCCCAUCUAUGAGAACUACAACUCACAGAGAGGGCAGAACUACAACUCCCACAGAGGUGUGAACUACAACUCACAGAGAGGGCAGAACUACAACUCCCAGAGAGAGACGCUGGGCAGCAGACGUUAAUGUCGUAAUGACGACUCAUCCAUUUGUUGAGGAAACAUGGCAACUCUGUUUUUA